AUGGCUGACUUGAGCUUCAUUGAAGAUUCCGAACCCUACACGGGAAAAGAGGAAGAUGAUGAAGAGGAGGAGGAGGAGGAGGGUGUGGAGUGGGGCUACGAGGAAGGAGUUGAGUGGGGCUUGGUGUUUCCCGAUGCUAAUGGAGAAUAUCAGUCUCCUAUCAACUUAAAUUCAAGAGAAGCAAGAUAUGACCCCUCACUGCUGGACAUUCGUCUAUCUCCAAAUUAUGUGGUGUGUCGUGAUUGUGAAGUCACUAAUGAUGGACAUACGAUCCAGAUUGUUCUUAAAUCAAAAUCAGUCCUCACAGGAGGGCCAUUGCCUCAAGGGCAUGAAUUUGAACUAUAUGAAGUCCGAUUUCACUGGGGGAGAGAAAACCAGCGUGGUUCUGAACACACUGUUAACUUCAAGGCUUUCCCCAUGGAGCUUCAUCUUAUCCAUUGGAAUUCCACCCUUUAUAGCAGCAUUGAUGAGGCUGUGGGGAAAACACAUGGAAUAGCUAUUAUUGCUUUGUUUGUUCAGAUCGGGAAAGAACACAUUGGAUUGAAGGCAGUGACUGAUGUUCUCCAGGAUAUUCAGUACAAGGGGAAGACUAAAAUAAUACCCUGCUUUAAUCCAAAUACUUUGUUACCAGAUCCUCUUCUGCGUGAUUAUUGGGUAUAUGAAGGCUCCCUUACUAUUCCACCUUGCAGUGAAGGUGUUACUUGGAUCUUAUUCCGAUAUCCUUUAACUAUAUCCCAGAUACAGAUAGAGGAAUUUCGAAGACUGAGGACCCAUGUUAAAGGUGCAGAACUCUUAGAGGGCUGUGAUGGAAUUUUGGGAGACAACUUCAGACCCACUCAACCACUUAGUGACAGAGUAAUCCGAGCUGCAUUUCAGUAGCCAAAGAGAACAAGAAUGAAUUAAUCUUCAUCCAGGGAUGGGGAGACAAUGGUCCCACAGUGCCCUUGGAUGAGAAAUGGAGACUCUGGAGGCACUGCUUCAGUUUAUUCACAAAGCCUGCAUUGUCUGCCUUCAUCUAAUUCUGCCUUGAUAGACAGCUGUGACAGUUGCCCUGUCUACACAGUCUGGUGAAAUUCUAGAAAUGGCUAUAUGUUGAAAAGAACCAUGCUAUACUCUCAAGUCACUACUAUUAAUGUUCUCUAAGUAUUCCUAUUUUUGCACCAUAGUGUUUUAUUGUUGUGUGCCACAUGAAUGAUACUAGUUUUUCUGGUUUGUUGUAAAUGUGAACAUGUAUCAGUUUUGUAGACAGUGGGGAAAAAUAGACCCCCAACAUUAGUAACUCUUCAUUUCCUGACUGUAACUGAAUAUUUUACUCACUCA